AUGAGGAAGAUCUUUUGGUCCAAGAGAAGGGGCCUGGCCCCUGGCAGCUCCUCCACCGGCCAGUGGAUCACCUGCCUGGGCUGUGGGUGUGUUAGUGGUGAUAGCCCCGAAGUGCCCAGAUACCUCACCGGAUACUGUGCGGUGGGACAGAUCCACCGGGCUGCGAGUGUAGGCGCUGUAACUACAGUGGAGAGUUUUCUCACUUUCCGGGUAAAUGGUGUGAAUGACACAGACAAGAGGAACAGAACUGCUCUGCAUUAUGCUUGUGCACAUGGCCAUCUGGGAGUGGUAACUCUUCUAAUAGAGAGGAACUGUGACAUUAAUGCCUGUGAUGAUGACAGCUGCACACCUCUAAUUAAGGCCUCACAGCGCCAGCAUGAGGAAUGUGUGGCUCUCCUGCUGCAACACGGUGCUGACCCAAACGCUAUGGAUGCUCUUGGCAACACGGCCCUUCACUAUGCUGUGUGCAAUGAUAACACCUUCAUAGCGUCCCAGCUCCUUGAGCAUAGCGCAAACAUUGAAGCUAAAACAAAGGUUGAAGAGGGCAAGUACCAACUCCAGCAACUGGAUGUCGCACUGGAGAAAUCUGAUGACAGAACUGCUGGCAUUGUUGUUUCUGUCUCUGCUGCUGCUGCAGUGACCUCUGCUGUGUCCUCCUCCAAUGCUACUGUUAGUGCUGUGGUCACUGUUGCUGUCACUGCUGCUUUUGAGGCUGUCACUGCUACUGCCGAACACAAAGGCAAUGAACCAACUCUACAAAGGCACAGUGCGGCUACAAAUAAGGAGUUUGCUCUUGAGAAAAAAGAAGAACACAAUAAAAGUGGGAAAACUAUCAAGGAGGCCUCUGUUAUGAUAAGCAAUACCGUGAGAACGGUUUUAGACAGAUCAUUGAAGAGACUUCAGUUUCUCCCAGAAGACACGUUUGAAAUUACUGCUGUCUUUGGCAAGGAAGAACUGUGUUGGUCAAGCACAGGUCUAACUUUUAAUCCUGCUGAAUUUGUACAGCGUUGUAGAAAUAUUGCUACUAAGAGACACGCCAACUUCAACCAGGUAAAAAAGCAAGUAAAUAUUCUAGAAGGCCUUGAUGACUGGACUGUGCCAUCUGAAACAGCUUCAGAAGACUGUGAGUUGCUUCAUACUAAUGAUGAAUAUGCUUUGCUGCUGGAAGUUGAAUGCCUUAAGUUAGAGGACUCAGUAAAGAACCAAGCAGAAGAAAUUGAAGAGAUUGAGAAUCAACUAUUUAGAGAGGAUUUGCUGAGAUACAGACUUGGCAAGGUCCAGGUCCAGUCGGCAAAGGGCAGGUCUGGUGAGAUGAAGCCCAGCCGGAUGCAGGCAAUGGCUGCUGAGGCGGUUCUAUUCGUGGAAGUCUUAAAAGUGACAGAAAAAAAAUUAAAUGAAUGUGAAAAUAGAGAAUUAUAUUUCCAUGAAGAUAUGAGAAACAAAACAUUUGAAAUACUACGACAUGAGAUCAAUUAUCUUAAAGAUACAUGGGGACCUAUACAUUGCAAAUAUUUACAUCAAGAUAUAAACAUUCAGUUGACUGAGCAAGGAUUGUUAACAAUAAAAACAGACCAAGAGAAUUAUGAAAACCUACACGAGACUCAAGGAAACAUGGCAAAUGAAGUGCUAACCCUCAAACGUCUGUUUCAGGAGAGCCCUACUGGGAAGGAAUCAUCCCAAUGCUUCAAAAUCAAUGAGCUGGAGCAGCAGAUGAUGAAGUUGGAGAAAAUGAUCAUUCAGCUACAGAGGAUGACCUGUGAGAGGGAUGAACUGCAUGGAAUCCUGGCCCAUUUUUCUGACAAGGAUUUGAACAACAGGUUCAAUUUUGAACUGGCAAUCCUGAAUCUGGAACAUCUGAAAGUGAUGUCAGCCCUGUUGAAAUUGUCCCAGGGGUUAAGUGAGGCCUUGGAUGAUUACAAGGUGCUGACUAAGGACACUGAUUCCCUCAGCCUUCAUCACUGCCAGCUCAUGAUUGACUGGACUAAGCUGACGCUGCAAGUUACCACAUUGAGAAAGAAGAACAGAGAGCUGCAGAGGGAACAUAUUGUGCUGCAAAAUUGCUUUCAGGAGAAAAACAGGCUCUGUGAGGAGGCCCUUGAGAAGAUGUGUGGCCUCUGUGCCAAGAAGCAGCAGGAACUGGAAGUAUUGGAGAAAAGACUUCAGCCUCCACUGAAGAGAAUAAUGCUGGACACCCAG